GCGAGAACAGAAGGUCCUUUUAAUAAUGGCACAUGCGUAGUUGCGUGCCAUUCGCCGGUAGUGCGACUCGAGUGCAUCGGGAAGAAAAUUUAACUGCGUGCACUGGAAUCAGACGUGGAGGCACCACAUGAAAAUAUUUUAUCGCUCAUUGCACAUCACCAUCGGGAAGAACACUCUGAAAUCAAGAGACCAUUGCUAUUGUCUCAAUACGUGGAAUGUUCGCCUGACCAGAACACGUGGUUUGCCAAGUAGCGUGAAGAUAUCCGGCUACUAGCUAGGUUGCAUUGAUAUGGAAUAUGCUCAAAGUCUCUCCCCGAAGGUGAGUUUUGCGGAGGUGGAUGUGGACACAAUGAGCAAGACACCCCCUAACAGAAGAGGAAUAACCUUUGAGGUGGGAGCAACGCUGGAGGCCAGAGACGCCCUCAAAAACUGGUAUCCGGCCAACAUAGAGAAGAUUGACUAUGAUGACGAGAAGGUCCUGAUCCACUACCGUCAGUGGAGCCACCGCUAUGAUGAGUGGUUUGACUGGACCAGCCCCUACCUGAGACCUGUAGAGAGGAUCCAGCUGAGACGACAGGGACUGCUGGACGACUGUCCUAUCCCUGGAUUUCAUGUGAAUGACAAGGUCCUCGCCAGUUGGUCUGAUUGCCGCUUCUACCCUGCCAAGGUCUUGGCAGUGAAUAAAGAUGCAUCUUACACCGUGAAGUUUUAUGAUGGCGUCGUCCAGACUGUAAAGGGGAUCCACGUGAAACCUUUUGUAAGAGAGAGAGGAGGAGGAAAGGCUAGGUCCACUGAGAGGAACGGCGUGAAGAAGCCCCAGAAUGGCAGAGAGCGGAGGCCUCAGGAAUACGGCCCAAAAAAUAAAAGAACAAGACGCAGUACCUCUGACCAGGAGGGGGACAGUGACACAGAGGAUGGUGACAAUAAUGAUGAUGAUGACUGGCAUGAGAGGGAGGUGGAGGAGAAGACAAAGAGGAAGGAUAGUGAGGGGGAUGUCACCAAAGAGACACCAUCCAUAGUUAAGCAGGAGGAGGAUACAGAGCAACAUGCAGGACAGAACAACCUCGGGGAUCACGUGGCAGCCACUGUGGGCCCGACUGAUGUAAAAAUGGAAGAAGACAGAGGACAGAGUGAGGAGAAGCCUACUCAUUUAAAUGAAGGGAUAAAGAAAGAAGAGGUGGAAAUGAAAACUGAGUACACAGUCCUGAGCUCACCUAAUGAAACUAAGCCAUCCACUGAUUCACCCAAUCAGAUGUCAACACAGACCGAGCCAGUGUCUGUCCCAUUACCCUCAGCUAUGUCCACCAUUGACCGAGUGGAGCAGAUGUUAGAAAGCCAACCAGAUAGCGCCAAACCUGCACCACUGGCCCUCCCAGUGAAACCGAUAAGGAAGCAGGGUUUCCACAACCCCAACCGAUUUAGCAGAGAGCCAUUGUACAGAGUGAUCAAAAACCAGCCUCCCCCAGUCCUGUCCAUCAACUUGGACCACAACCCAUUUAAAUGCAGCGCUGUAGGCUGCACCAAGUCGUUCCGCAAGGCCAAACUGCUUCACUACCACAUGAAAUACUACCAUGGAGAGGAGCAGCAGCUAGAAGGAGAUCUAAGCCCCACCAGGAGCACCCAGACACGGGCCUCAGAGAAGCACCCCUCCCCUACCUCUCUGGAAAGUCCUAAGAGGAGACGCACCAUCUCCGCCUCAAUGCACUCCAAUGUGCACAGUCCUACUAGAACUCCCCCAUCUCCACGUAGUGAGGCCAAGACAAUGAACAGACGCACAUCAGCUCCACCUGCUGUCAACACCCAGCGCCAGCAGCAGAGGGCUCUAAUGAGGGAGAAGAGCAAAGAGAACCAACUGGACAGAAAUGGACAGAGACCAGUGGAGACGGAGACUACUGAGAGCAGUGGUAUGGACAUAUGUCUGUCAGUGGUGAAAGAACGAGAUCGGCUGAAGGAUAAGAAACAGAGGGAGUUCCUUCGUAUUAAUCUGAAGAAAAAGAAGAAGAAAAAGAAGGUCAAGUGUGAGUGCACAGGUAGUGAGGAGAAUAUUGACAUCUCAAUAUUCGCUCUUCAGUCCAAAUUGAAUUUGCCACUCAAAUUCCCCCUCUCACACAAUCACAAGCCUGAGUCCUACCACUUCAGGCCCGGAUACAACCAGUCAGAGCAGAUGCACGUGGAUGAUGAGGAUAGCAUCAGUGAUUGGUCCACUGACAGUUGUGAGUGGAGUGAUGACGAGCUGGGGGCGGAGCUGGACAAUGCAACAACUCCCCUAAGUCUGGGCUCUGUUGCCUUGGAGACAGGCAGUCAGGAGGUUGUGCGUUGCGUCUGUGAGGCAGAAGAGGAAAACGACUUCAUGAUACAGUGUGAGGAGUGUCUGUGCUGGCAGCAUGGCACCUGCAUGGGCCUCCUGGAGGAGAACGUCCCAGAGAAAUACGCCUGCUACGUCUGCAGAGACCCACCAGGUCAGAGGCAAAGCCUGCGCUACCGGUAUGACCGUGAUUGGCUGAGCAGUGGUCACAUGUAUGGUCUGUCCUUCCUGGAUGAGAACUACUCCCACCAGAAUGCCAAGAAGAUUGCAGCAACACACCAGCUACUAGGAGACGUACAGCGUGUGGUGGAGGUGCUCAAUGGCCUCCAGCUCAAAAUGAGCGUCCUACAGACCCAGACCCACCCAGACCUGCAGUUGUGGUGCCAGCCCUGGAAGCGAGCAGAGAGGCCCUGGAGGAGAGGUGGCUCGGGGACGGGCACCGACGCAGCACCCUCUCCUGCGCUAACAGACGAGGGUUCCGAGAAGGACCACAAGAGUCUCGCCCGUGGUGGCGCAGAAGCUCUGAUGUCAGCCGCCAUGGAGAAGCUUAGCCGAGCCUCCUCUUCCUCCUCCUCGUCUUCCUCCUCGCCCUAUCAGUCGUUCCAGGACUCGUACAUAAUGAGUGAGCAUUGCUACCAGAAGCCGCGGGCAUACUACCCUGCAGUGGAGCAGAGGCUGGUGGUGGAGACCACACGGAGGGGAUCUGAGCUGGAGGACAGCCUAAGAAGCACUGAGGACCUGCUGGAGAGAGAGCAGCGCUAUGGAGGCAUGCUGGAGACAGCCAGGCCCAAAGCCCCGACACAUCUGAACACUCACACCAAGGGUUCAGAUGUUGGUCGGUGGGGCCAGGCCGAGGUGAAGCGAGAGGAGGGUGUUGGCUGCGGUGGGGGAGGGGACGUGGACGGCAGUGGCCAGCAGCACCAGUGGCAGAUCAACCUGCUGGAUCACAUAGAUGCUGUCCAGGACGAGGUCACACACAGGAUGGACUUCAUCGAGAGGGAGCUGGAUGUGUUGGAGAGCUGGCUGGACUACACAGGAGAGCUGGAGCCCCCAGAGCCCCUGGCCCGGCUGCCUCAACUCAAACACCGCAUGAAGCUGCUGCUUACAGAGCUGGCCAAGGUGCAGCAGAUCGCUCUGUGCUGCUCCACAUGAGGGCGCAAGUGAGCAGUGUGACAUCCAUGUUCACAGCACUCUGAGAGACAAUGAGGGGAUUUGAUUAAUGCCCCGGGCCAGCCCUGUGUGAACCAUGUCAGCAUUGUUUGCAUUCGUUUUGGAACUAGGCUGCCUCCCGGACGUGAGCCAGGUGCUCCGUUUUGGCCGUCCACAAAGUCUGCUCAAAACUAAAGUGACGUAGGUUAAGCAUGUAGAGUAAUGAGUAGGGUUCUGUUUUCACAUGCAAAAGUGAUUGCUUUUGAGAAGGCUUUAUCUGCCUUCCCAAUUAAAACACAUUAUUCUUUUCCAUAAAAUAUGUUUCGGAAUGAUGCACCGCUGGGCACACACUGGUUGAUUCAAUGUUUCCAUGUCAUUUCAAUGAAAUGACGUUGAACCAAUGUGGAAUAGACGUUGAUUUGGCAUCUGUGCCCAGUGGGAGGCUGCCUUGUUGACAACAUGACCGAGUGGAGAAGAUUACUGUUCAAUUUGGGAAGGGCGCUCCUCCCUCACGGCUUUUACCCAUCACAGGCCAUAGCCCGGUGCACUUAAUUGAACUCCCUCAUUGCAGUUGAGAGCAGCACUAACUGGUCUAUCUAUGGCAUUGGGGGGGUUGGACUGAGAAUUUACCAGAUAAUUUAAUGCAAAUGCACUUAUUUUCAUUAUGCUGUAGACUGGUGGGCGCAUCUCACGGCAUGGGGUUGAAUGCUUGAGGAUGUCAGUUGGUCUUCCUCUUUAAGGCCUCAAGUCUGUACAGGGAAAACACUGUAUCAUAGUCAAAGAUACAGAUAGUAAUGAAUGGAGUAAAUAUAAGAGAACCAACAGGGACAGUUUAUGGUAGUAUGGGUUUGUUGGUGCAAACCUGCAUCAUAUUAAUGCCUUGGUCUGAGGUUCAGUUUGAAGCUUGCUGUCAAGUACUUACCAAAUUGUUGCGCUGCAAUGUGUAUUCAAAGACUUCACCUGAACUUCUGAUAGGCACACUUUUAAUCUUCAUAAUGACAACUUUCAGUAACUGACUGAACUCUUUCCUUGGAGCCAUGUUCAGCAAACUUUUUUCCUUUCUGUAAAGUACUUAGUAUUUGAUUAUCUCCCAUUGCAUAAUUGUUAAGCUUAUGUUUGUUGAACAUGUGGACUGUUUUACGGAGCAUAGCCGUAAUAAUUAGGGCUGGGACGAUACCAGUAUUUCAAUACUCAUUUAGUGCCGUGGCAAGGAAACAUAACACUGUGGAUUUAACUUACUUAGGAAAACAGCCAUAAUGUUAGAAAUAAACAUCAUUCUGUUGUCAUCGAGUCACAUUUUAUUUAUAUUUCAAGCUAUAGCACACUAUUUUACAUGAAGCAGGUUUUUAAAGGAUCAACAAGUUUAGUCAGUUUUGUUUUCAUUUUUGCCAUGGGAAAUGUUUUGCGAUACCGGUAUUGUCACAGGCCUACUUCAUAAGAUUUUAAGUAGGGAGUGAAAAUACAAACUAUAUAUUCUUAUAUAAUGGCACUGUAGGUAGAUAAGUACUGUCUUUCUGAUUUUACGCAGUGAAUUAUAUUGCUACAGCUUAUACAGUUAGUGUCUGUAUUAUAGACACUGGAGGGACAGUAUCUCACAUUUCUGGAUUGAAAGAAUAUAUAUAUAUAUUCGUUGAAAUGUUUGGUUUCUUUCCAUUCUCAUUGUUUUCUUGUGGAUAUCCUCUAUCCUAUUCACUCUUGUCUCGAUGUCUUUGGUUGAAUUCCUGCCCGACUACAUUGCAGCUGUAUGCCAGAUCUUUGAAAGCAUGUAUAGAUGGGUAUUUAACAUUUUUAGUUAGCCACAUCAAAUGAUCUCGCAAUCAGGUGCCUGAAUCCACAGUCGAUGACUUAUCACAACACCAUUGGUUGAUGCAAUGAAACACCUGCCCAUCGAGUUGGGUAGAAAAUCCACCUUCAACUUUGCUUCACUGUAGCCUUUGACCUUUGGCUUGCUGCAAAUAAUUGUGGAGAUGUCUGCUAUGACCUCAGCAUUAUGUGCUCUGUUCUCAGUGAAAGACUUGUGACGGACCUAUACAUUUCUCUUGUAUUCUUUCACCUGUACUGUUUAUUUGUAAUAUUUUGUGUAAAUUCAUCUGAAUGUUAUUUUCUUGGGUUGAAUUUGUAUUGAUUUAGUUAUUUUUAAACAGUCCUCCAAAAAUAACCUUACCCUACUCGUGUCAGCCAGGUUAAGAACCAAACGAGAUGUUGAAAGAAGUGCAACAGAUGCUGGUACAUAAAUAAACUACUAUCCCUCCCAUUGA